AUGACUGUUGACGAGAAGGCCAGCGUGCACGACACGGAGUUGGGGAGUCCUCGGGACUCAACUGAGGAGCAUGAGGUCUUCAAGAAGACCGAGGACGGCGUCAGCUUCCGUAAUGUCGGCUGGUUCAAGGCAUGUAUUAUCUUCGUGAAGGUGCUGUUCGCGACGGGUGUGCUGUCGCUGCCUUCAUCGCUUUACUCACUUGGUGCCGUGGGUGGCUCUAUCAGUAUCGUCGCCUGGGGCGCGUUCAACACCUACUCCUUCGUGAUUCUGGGCAACUUCCGCAAGAAGUAUCCCCACUGCCACUCCAUCGCCGAUAUGGCGGAGGUUGCUGGUGGUUUCUUCGCCAAAGAGUUGACCGGUCUGAUGUUCCUCAUUGGUUAUGUCCUUGUCACAGGAAGUGGUAUCAUUGGAGUGUCAACAGCGCUGAAUGCUCUCUCGCACCAUGCUGCAUGCACUGUCUGGUGGUCGUUGAUCGCGGCGGUCGUUAUUGUCGCGACUGCUUCCGUGCGCAAACUCCAGCAUGUGGGCUGGCUCACAUAUGUAGGGUUCAUUUCGAUCUACGCCGCAGUCUUGAUCGUUGUCAUCGGAGUCACCACACGCGACCGACCUGCCGCCGCACCGCAAGAGGGCCCCUACGAUCUCGGAUUCGUUGCUAUCAAUAACCCCGGGUUUGCGGCUGGCAUGGUUGCUUCUAGCACUAUCUUUGUCUCCUCGGCUGGUACCAGUGCCUUCAUCCCGGUGAUGUCGGAGAUGCGAAACCCGAAGGAUUACAAGAAGUCUCUCUAUCUGUGCAUGGCCUUGGUGACUGCCUCAUACCUUGCCUUCAGUUUGGUUGUCUAUAGUUGGUGUGGACAAUGGGUGGCUAGUCCCUCCCUGGGCAGCGCCGGACAGACGAUCAAGAUGGUAUCUUAUGGUGUCGCCCUGAUCGGAUUGGUCAUGAGCGCCACGAUUUACUUGCACAUUGCCGCCAAAUACAUCUUUGUGCGCAUCUUGGGCAAGACCCGUCAUUUGCAAGCCAACACCGCUGUGCAUUGGAUUACCUGGUUGAGCUGCACUAUUGUUCUCGGCGCUAUUUCCUUCAUCCUCGCCGAAGCCAUCCCAAUUUUCAACUACUUGAUUGCACUUGUUGGUUCCCUAUGCUUUGCUCCUCUCGCCAUGUGUCUUCCUGGCUUCCUGUGGCUCUACUGCAACGGCCACUACCGGAAGGGCACACUUGUGCAAAAGGUUAUCUACUUGUUGCACUGGGGAAUGGUUCUUUUGGGAGUCUUCUUCCUUGUUGGCGCAACCUACGGUGUUGUCAUUCAGAUCAUUGAUGCGUACGCCACAGGAGCGAUUGGUUCCGCUUUCAGCUGCGCCGACAACUCAAACUCAUCCUAG